UUACAGUUAAGCUUGUCCCUCGCAUUUCCCUUUUGUGAACGUAUUUUUAUUGAACUCUUGUAAUAUUAUUUUAAAAGUAAAGUAUAAUGGAUCGCUAUAACCGUGCCUGGAGAGAUCCUAGGUCCCCACUGACGCCCCUAACGCCACUUACAACGCGCGUGUUUAAUUUCGAUGUGACACCGUCGCCACCAAGGCCCAACUUGAGGAGGCCAAAAACCGAAAUGAAGUUUCGAAGGCCCAAGCUUAGCCAUCUUACCGUGCCGCAUCAGACAGCGGAAACAAGGCGAGGUUCAACUGGGGAUUGGGGCCCGAGACACUUCUCGCAGGAUUUUAUGCGUAUUCGAUCGGUUUUUUCGCCAACGGCUCAAAGCACGGCGUCUCAAACUGUGACAACCACGCCGAAGCCCCAUGCCCAAUCCACUCAACAAACUGGCGGAACAGCUGCAGUAACCCAUUCAAAACGCCAGUUCAAGUGCAGCUCUCCCGUGGAUCAGCCUACACUCAGUCCCCGUGUCAGUUCCCUGCUCAGUCGCACUGGAAAUGAGCACUUGACCGAAUUGUUUACACGUCAAGAAAUUGAUCUGCAAGUACUUAUACAGAUGACAUUGGAAGAUCUGGAGUCUCUUGGCGUUCGGGGCGUCAAGGAAUUGAAAUUAGCUAUCGAUGUUAUCAAAUUUGCCAAAAAGUUCUUUUAAUUGUGUUCUCAUGUUCCUAACUGUAACCCACGUUCAUUAUUGUACCCAAUUUUAUAUGUGUCCAAUUUAUUAAUAAGAAAUAAUUGUUUUACUGAAUAUAUGUCGAUCAUUUGUGAAACUGA